UCCCCGAGAUGGUGAAACAAACGAUCCAGAUCUACGCCCGGGUGAAACCUCUGGGCAGGAGGCAGCCGGCGGGGAUAUAUUCAGCUGGUGAAGAUGAGACAUCAGCGUUCAGUUUGGAGAUUAUUGUGCCCCGUGAUUUGGCAGAUGGAUUUGUCAAUAAUAAACGAGAAAGCUACAAGUUUAAGUUUCAGAAAGUUUUUGAUCAGGAAGCAAAACAAGAUGAAAUUUUUGAAACCAUUGCCAAGCCAGUUGCAGAAUGUGCUCUAGCUGGCUACAAUGGCACAAUAUUUGCCUAUGGACAGACAGGAAGUGGCAAGACGUUUACCAUUACUGGGGGAGCAGAACGUUACAGUGAUCGAGGCAUCAUUCCAAGGACUUUGUCUUAUAUUUUUGAGCAGUUGCAAAAGGACAGCAGCAAAGUAUACACAACACACAUUUCCUACUUAGAAAUUUAUAAUGAGUGUGGUUAUGAUCUACUGGACCCAAGACACGAAGCCUCCAAACUGGAAGAUCUACCAAAGGUGACAAUAAUGGAAGACCCUGAUCAGAACAUUCAUCUGAAACAUCUCUCUUUGCAUCAAGCAACCAAUGAAGAGGAAGCACUUAACCUUCUUUUCUUAGGAGACACCAACAGGAUGAUUGCAGAGACUCCAAUGAACCAAGCCUCCACUCGUUCACACUGCAUUUUCACCAUUCAUAUCUCAAGCAAAGAACCAGGAUCUGCAACCCUUCGACGCUCCAAACUACACUUAGUGGAUCUGGCUGGCUCAGAGCGUGUUGCAAAGUCUGGAGUUGGAGGUCAGCUGCUGACAGAGGCCAAAUAUAUCAAUCUGUCAUUACAUUAUUUGGAACAGGUGAUUAUUGCCCUGUCAGAGAAACACCGGUCUCAUAUCCCUUACAGGAACUCUAUGAUGACCUCAGUGCUAAGAGACAGCUUAGGAGGAAACUGCAUGACCACAAUGAUUGCAACACUGUCAAUUGAAAAAAGGAACAUAGAUGAAUCUAUAUCAACUUGUAGAUUUGCACAGCGUGUUGCCCUUAUUAAGAAUGAAGCAGUUCUUAAUGAAGAAAUUGAUCCCAGACUGAUGAUUGCACGAUUAAAGAACAAAAUCCAGGAGCUAAAAGAUGAAUUGGCCAUGGUGACAGGGGUACAAAGAUCUGAAGAACUUACACAAGAAGAGCAACUCCAGGUUGUUGAGAAGAUUAAAUGUUUUUUGGAAGAUACAGAUCCUGAAAGCACAUUGGAUGUUGGUGCUGAUAUGCAGAAGAUCAAAUACUGUUUCAGCCAUUUAAAGAGACUGCUUAAUGAUGCGAAGCCUUGUGAGAAUGCUUUGCUUGCAUCAGACAUUCCUGAAGACAAAGAUGCCAAUAGCUCAUCUGGGAAAGAAGAAUUAAAGAAGCUGAAGGAUCUUUUGCAGCAACGAGACAAUGAAAUCAAUAUUUUAAUAAAUAUGUUAAAGAAGGAAAAAAAGAAAGCCCAAGAUGCCCUUCUUCAGCUCAGUUCUUCUUCAAGAGAGCUCCCAACCUCAGAAAGUUCUCUUCUUCCAAAAAAAGUAGAAAAUGAACACAUGUUACCUGUCUCUUCGGAAGCUAAAUCUGGUUUUCUUCUCAGGAACAAAGGAGCAGGAGAAGAAAUGUCACUUGGACGCCAAGAAGCCUUUGAAAUUUUCAAGAGAGAUUAUGCUGAUAGCAUAACCAUUGAAGACAAUAAGCAGCUCCUUAAGCAAAGGUUUGCAGAAGCAAAAUCCCUAGGAGAAAAAGUAAACGAGAUAAGAAACAGAAUCAACCGUUUGAAAGGAGAGAUAACCCAGCGGCACAUGCAAAAAGCAGCUCAAGUUGUUGUCAGUCCACAAAAAAUGGAUGAACCUGAUCCAGUAGAAGAGGCACUUCGGGCCGAAAUUGAGGAGGAGAAGAUCAGUUAUAAAACAAUGUUCACUCGCUUGAAAGGAAUGAAGAUAGAAAUUGAACACUUACAGCUCCUUAUGGAAAAAGCAAAGGUGAAAUUGCAAAAAGACUUUGAAGUAUGGUGGUUUGAGGAGGCAAAAAAAAUACAGCACCAGGAAGAAAAGCCACCUUUACUUAAUUCAGUCAGUGCCUCAAAGAUUUCACCCUUGUUUCUUGAAGCCCAGCCAAAUCUUUCUCUCCUUAGGGUUCCAAAUAACAGCAGGGCCAUCUUCAGAGAAGAAUCUUCAGCGACAAGCAGCUUGCGCCAUCUCAGCAACUCAGCUUCAAAUGCAAGAGUUUCCCCAAGUUCCAGUUCAUCCAUUCCUCUCACAGGAGACCGUCAAACUGAUGCUGACAUUCUAGCUUUCAUUAGAGCGAGGCGGAAUCUCCUGAAAAAGAAAGGACUGAGGAACAAGUGAAUUUUCAAUUAUGCAGAAAUCUGCCAUCUCA